AUGUCCAGGAGAUCUAGCGGCUUCUUCGAUGGCUUAGUUCCAUUCUAUGUGAAGAAGAUCCGGGCUUGUUCCAGCUCCAGAGAUCUUUCAAGCUGCCAGGAACUCCACCUCGAGAUUGUCAAUCAGGGGCUCGGGAAGAACAGGCUGAUCGCGAAUCUCCUCGUGGGCUUGUAUGGGAAGUGUGGCAGCGUCGAGGCAGCGGGGUGUGUCUUUCGAGAGAUCGCGAGUCAAAACGUUUUCUCCUGGAACAUCUUGGCUGGAGCGUAUGCCCAGAAUGGGCAUAGCAAGAAAGCGAAGGAGGUUUUUGACGAGAUGCCGAGCAGGGAUAGAGUGUCAUGGGCGACGAUCUUGACGGGUUAUAGCGGUCAUGGUCGGGAAGCGAUGGAGAUCUUCCAAGCAAUGCCUCAGUGGGAUAUGGUUUCGAGCAAUAUCAUUCUCACGACAGCUUCGCAAGGGCUGGAUCUGGAGGAACUGAGAGCGCUGUUCCAGGCGAUGCAUCAAAGAGAUGAGAUCUCCUGGACGGGGAUCUUGAAACUCUAUUCCGUGAACGAUCGUUUCGAGGAAGCCAAGCUGGUGUUCUACCGGAUGCCACAGCGAGAUCUUGUGUGUUGGACUGUGAUGAUCUGUGGAUAUGCCCAGCGAGGGCAUAUGGAUCUAGCUCGGGCAAUGUUUCGAGCUAUGCCGGAACAGGACGAAGUAUCGUGGACUGCGAUGAUCCAGGCGUGUGUGAGUCGAGAUUUGUUUGAGGAAGCGAGGGAGAUGUUCUUGAGCAUGCCCCGGCGAGGGAUCGUUCACUGGAACGCGAUGAUCCAAGCCCACGUCAAGCGAUUCAGAGUGGACGAGGCUGAGCGAAUGCUCCACAAGAUGGCACAGUGGGAUGCUUUCUCGGGGACGAUCAUGGUGGCGGGGUUUGCCCAAGCUGGUCGACUCGAUCGAUCCAUGGAAACGUUCCGAGCGAUGCGUCGCAGGGUCUCAGUGACUUGGAACGCGAUGGUUCACGGCUACGCACAGAACGGCGAGCUGGAUCAGGCCCUGGAGACGCUGGAAAGGAUGCCGCGGCACGAUCUGGCGUCCUCGACUGGGCUCCUCACCUGGCUGGGGCGGCGCAACAUGGCGGAGAAGGCCAGAGAUCUCUUCGCCAGGAUGCUCGUCCGGGAUGAUAUCGCGUGGAACGCGAUGCUCGAGGCGCUGGUGGCGAGUGGAAACAUCGCUGAGGCGUGGGAGUUCUUUGUGGGGGCAAUGCCGAGGGACCAAGUCUCGUGGAGCACAAUGGUGGCGGGGUUUGCUCAGUGCGGGGAGUGGAGGCGAUCGAUCGAGCUGUUUGGAGAGAUGCUCCAGAAUGGUUUCCAUGCCGAUGGGAUCGGCUUCGUGGGCGUGCUCACCGCGUGUAGCCAUGCAGGGCUGGUCUCUUGUGCGUGCCAGUUCCUAGCUUCCAUGCGCGUGGAUCAUGGAAUCUCUCCAGAGCUGGAUCACUACGGUUGCAUUGCCGAUGCGUUUGGACGAGCUGGGAACGUGAAAGAUGGGCUCGAUCUCUUUGCGAACAUGCCUGUUCAUCCGGACGAGGUGGUGACCAAGUCAUUGCUGGGACUAUUGGAUUGA